CGGAAGGCGGGGAGGAGUUGGGAGAGACGUCAGAAGGUGUUGUGGAGAUGGUUUUCGGCGACAACGAGCACAAGCCAAUCGCUAGCGGCCGACGUCAACGUCCCCCCUUGACCUUUGGAGACAUCCCGAAUCGAUAAAUUGUCCAACGCCAACAACAAUUGGAUCCCACCAUCCUGGAGAGAAAAAAGCUAGCUGCUCGUGCUCGGUCGAAAGCAGAAGCAGCAAUGUUGCAGCCCACGCUGCCGCGGCGCAAGCUGCUCGCCGCCGUCAUCGCCUUCUCCAUCGUCUUCCUGCUCUACCACGUCCCGCGACUGGGCGCGCCCGCCUCCCCGCCAUUGCCCAAAGUGCUCCCGCCCGGCACCGCCGUCGACUGGGCCCAGGUUGUGCACCACUACCCCGUGCCGGUCGAGUCGCUGGCCGCGCUGCCGACGGCCGCCCCGGCCAGCGACAAGAAGACUAUCCCCCGCCUGCAGCACGCUUUUGCCGAGUCCGAGAGCGCCGACGACCGUGCCACGCGCCGAGAGCGCCGCGACGCCGUGCGCGACCAGUUCCUCCACGCGUGGAACGGCUACAAGCAGCAUGCAUGGCUGCGCGACGAGGUGCGCCCUGUGAGCGGACGCGCGGCGGACCCGUAUGGCGGGUGGGCGGCGACGCUGGUCGACGCGCUUGACACGCUGUGGAUGAUGGACCUGCGGGACGAGUUCGCCGAGGCCGUCGCCGCCGUCGAGCACAUUGACUUCAGCCGCUGCACCCUCGAGCGCCUCAAUGUCUUCGAGACGACGAUCCGCUUCCUCGGCGGGCUUCUGGGCGCCUACGACGUCAGCGGCGGGAAGUACCCCAGCCUGCUGCGCAAGGCCGAGGAGCUCGGCCGCAUGCUGUACAAGGCCUUUGACACGCCCAACCGCAUGCCCAUCACGCGGUGGGACGUCAUGGCCGCCGCGGCCGGCAUCCCCCAGGAGGCCGACGAGCGCGUCCUCGUGGCCGAGCUGGGCUCGCUCUCCCUCGAGUUCACGCGCCUCAGCCAGCUCACGGGCGACGCCCGCUACUUCGACGCGAUCCAGCGCGUGGCGGAGGCCUUCGCCGCGCACCAAGCCUCCGGCACGAAGCUGCCAGGCCUCUGGCCCGUGGCGGUCGACGCGCGCGGCGGGCUCAACUUCUCCGCCGGCGACGUCUUCACCCUCGGCGGCAUGGUCGACUCCCUCUACGAGUACCUCCCUAAACAGCACCUGCUGCUGCGCGGCGCCCACCCCCUCUACCGCCAAAUGUGGGAAGCCGCCUCCACCCCCCUCAGGAAAUACCUCCUCUUCCACCCCAUGAUCCCGCCCUCGCCCUCCUCCGCCGAACAGCCUAACCCCCCCAUCCUCCUUCCCGGCGACAUCCUCUCCUCAGGCACCCACCCGCCAACCCUCGCCCUCGAGCCCCGAACGCAGCACCUCUCCUGCUUCGCAGGCGGGAUGUUCCUGCUCGCAGGCCGUCUCUACAACACUCCCAGCGACACCGACGCCGGCCAAGCGUUGACAGCAGGCUGCCUCUGGGCCACAGAAGCCAUGCCACGCGGCAUCAUGCCCGAGAUCAUGUACGCAGUGCCAUGCGCCGACCCGUCCGCCCCCUGCGCCUGGAACGACACGCACUGGCGCGCCGCGGUCGCCCUCGCCGCAGACAUGACGUCGCCGCUCGACUCGGCCGGCGACAUCGCCGCCGCAGCCGACGCGCUGAUCCGCGAUCGCCGCAUCGCGGAAGGCGUUGCCAGCGUACCCGACCCCCGCUACCAGCUGCGGCCUGAGGUCGUCGAGGCGGUCUUCUACGCCGUGCGGCUGGCGGAGUCGCGGGCUGAGGCGAGCGCGCUCCGUGACCGCGCGUGGAAGCUGUUCCGCAAUGUGGUCAGGGAUUCUAGGACCGGGGUUGCGCAUGCGGGCUUGGGUGAUGUCAGGAGGGGUCGGGCCGGCCAGGUAGACGUUAUGGAGAGUUUUUGGCUGGGCGAGACGUUGAAGUAUUUUUGGUUGGUUUUUGAGGACGAGGGAGCGUGGGGGCUAGAUGAGUGGGUUUUUACUACCGAGGCGCAUGCGUUGUGGUUGGGUGGGGAGGGGGAUAGAGGGGAGUAG